AUGAAAAGUCAUUUAGCUCCUUCUGUUAUUUAUUACCUGAUUGUAUUGGCAAUUGAAUUAUCAGCAGGAGUUGUUGCAAAUGGAUUUAUUGUUGGUUUGAAUUGUAUUGAUUGGGCCAAAAGCAGAACACUGACUUCCUAUGAUAUAAUCAUAACCAGUCUGGCUUUCUCCAGAUUUUGCCUACAAUUCUUGGUGACAAUAGACAAUUUCUUCUCUAUGUUAUUCCCAAAUUUUUUUGAUAUAUUUGAAAGGCUACAUUCUUAUCUAGUUACCUGGAUGUUCAUAAACCAAGUGAGUCUCUGUUUUGCAACCUGCCUUUCUGUGUUCUACUGUUUGAAGAUUGCCACUUUGAACCAGUCCCUCUUCAGAUGGUUAAAAUUAAGAAUCUCCAAACUGACGCCAUGGCUGCUUUUGGGCUCUUUGCUGUACUGCUUGGUUACCACAGUGUGUUUUACAUUCUUCAGCUAUUCUUAUUCGGUAUCCUUUUACAACUUCACAGAUAAUAGCACAAUGUCCUACAACAGAAAGAAAGCUAUGGAAUUCACCUUUCUGGUGCACAGCAUAGGAUCUAUCUUGCCCCUUAUCAUAUUUAUUGCUUCCUCUGUUUUGUUGUUCCUAUCCCUUUGGAAACAUAUCAGGAAAAUGAACUUUAAUUUAGACUUUAUUCCAAGUUUCAGGAACCCCAGUAUGGAGUCUCAUGUGCGUGCACUUAAAUCUGUGCUGUCCUUCUUCAUCCUCUACAAUAUUUAUUAUGCAGCUUCAACAUUCUCAAUAGGAUACAUACCCUGUUUCAGUGAGAAAUGGAAGGCUAUGUUCUGGACAGUUUUAGCUGCUGCUUACCCUUCUGUGCACUCCAUUAUCUUGAUUCUGGGAAACGCCAAAUUAAAAUUGUCCUCCUCAAAAAUUCUGUAUUGUACCAAUUCCUGUUUCAGACAGGUUACGUCAUAG